AUGAACCAGGGCGAGGAGGAGAAAGCCGCGGAUGUGUCUUCUGCCGUCUCCGAAACGCUCUCCCAGCAACUCUUUUUGUCUGACUCUUCGGAAAUCGACGAGGAUGUUUUGCUUGAAGAAGUCUUCGGAGCGACCAGCGGCUCGGCUUCCCUCGGCCCAUCACGCCGCGAUCAGGGGACCUCGCCGAUCAAGGAUCUCGAAAAGACCACGAUUAAUUGCUCCGACGCGGGAUGUGCCAACCAGCGCUCGGUGAUGCUCGAGCAGCUUCGACAGCUUCUACGCGUGGCCCGGUAUGAGACGAACAAAUGGAAGGAGGAGAAUGAAACUUUGCGCAACCGCCUCAAUACGCAGCCGCUGUCAAAAUGCCCGAACUGCGCGCUUGCUUUUCGUCCCUCGACUGAAGAUCGGAUCGUUCCAUCUUACAUGAAGUGCCACAAAAGCAGUAUGACCGUUGAAUUGACGUUCGAUUCCCUGACGCAGCUGCACGAGUGGGUCUACUUGCAUGGGCUCGAUGAGGACCGUCAUGGCAUCCCGACGCUGCUCCGCCCCGAACAAUCCAUGACAAUGCUCAGUUUGAGAGAUGUGAAAAGUCUGGUGCCCGAAUUGGCGGUGGAGUUAACGAAGGAGAUGUUUCGGCGUCAGAAGAAGCCCAUACCGCCGAAGCUCAUGUCACUGAUGGACCUUCAUCUCGAAUCGGGACCCGUCGUCUACAUUAACGAAGCGGCAAAAGAACAGCGGCCCGCGUGCACAAAAUCGACAGGGACAGGCAGACCAGCGAAAAGGGAGCGCCCAGAAGAAACGACGGCCAGGCCCUCGACGUCCGAUAUUCGGCCCGACGGGACCAAGCAGCACAACGACCCCGGGCCCAGAAGAACGUCCCCGCGCAAGAAGCCUCCACCACCACCUGAAAAGUCGACGAGCCGACCAGCCGAACCCGGGUCGCGCCAGAAAAUCGACAAGUCGGAGCCCACGAAAAGUCAUUUGCCAUGUGCACAACGGCUCAAACCUGACAUCACGGCCACGGUGCAGGGGCAACAGCGUAGAGGCAAGACAGCGACGUCCGAAAACCCCACUUCAAGUGCACCGCUCCGGACUUCACCGCGAAAGAAGCCGCCCACAAAAGAAAUCGCUGCUGUUUCGUCUAGCCGUCUCGUCGCUUCGAAGGCAUCACCGAUCCCAGGGCCAAGAAGCCCGUCACCAUCAUAUCCAACUCGUCAACAACAGCCAUCAUCCGGUGCCCCAAGUCGGAGUGACCGACAACCGACUGCUACUCGCCCGCCAUUAAGGUCAUCCCCUCGAAAACGUGCAGCCAUCCCGGAACCGUUGCCGCGCGCCGCGUUCGAAGCCUCGAUGCGUGGAAAGAUGGAAACGCUCUUCACCCCACUUCCGGUGAUUGCUGGCACUUCGGCGGACCCACCCGAAAAACCUGUCAACCAACGGUGCCAAGACAUCACCCGGAUGCUGGCGGAGAUGACGCGGCACGAGGGGAACAUGCUGUCGCCGAUCGCCCCGGUGAGGACGGCAUCUUCGAGGUCUUCCUCUUCUACAGGGCGACAACCUGAGGAUCAGGCAUCGACAGAAGAAACGAAGCAGGAAGCGCGUGAUUCGAACGGCCCUUCUCGUGCCGACGAGAAGCGCAAGGAGUGCAUGUCAUCGGCUACAGCUGCCGUUGCGCCGUCAACAUCGACCACUACCUUCACGAUGCGCUAUUUCGACGAGGAGAUCCAGCUGGACUAUGCGGUCGAUUCCGAAGUAGACGAAGACCACGAGGCGGAAGAGCCGCUCAGCCCCGCCUCAAGCCCGGACACGCUGCGCCAGCAACUGGAACCCGCUGCCGCACAGGCCAGUCUGGAGGACGGUGAGGUGCCCGAAGACGACACCGAAAAUGUCCCCGCUCGCAUCCUGAAGCCUGAACCGUCACCUGCUACUAGCAAUGUCCCAGGUGAGCACGAGAGCCCGAACGACCGAUGGAGAGUCGGCGGCCCGCGCGGCGUUCACCGCCACGCCGCACCUUCGAUCAUCGCCCGCCGCGUGAUCGACGUGGUGAUGACGGCGGCAGAGAACGUUUCGAUCCGCGUCGGCGACGUCUCGACUAAACCAUUGCAUCCAUUAUUUGGCAUUCGCCGGCCGGGCCGCCAAUUUGGCACACACAUUUCGAAAAACAUUUCUGCUAUGGCGCUGAACGUGGGUGGGCUGCUGGCGCUGCUCGCCGCGCUUCCGUUGGCCACCGGCUUAGCCGUGGCGAGAAACGUGGUCCUGACGCACGAGGACCAGAGGGCGUUGCUGAUCAGUGACGAGAAAUUUUACGUUCCGGUCGGCCACUCUGCCGUCGUCCCAUGCCCGAUCCGGGAAAAAUUCCCGACUGUGCUUUCGAACGUGGAGGCUAAACUGUAUUGGUACCUCGCGUUCCCCGGAGACAUGUCGGCCAAGUGGAUCGACGGCGGUUCUACUUACACGCGCUUCGUGCAGAACACGACGACCGGCUCGCUGGCGAUGCGGAAUCUGCAGCCGGUUCAUGACGGUCUCAGGGCGGAAUGCUGGGUGCACGUGAGCAAAGAUGACAAGAAGGACGACCGAUACCUCGUCGCCCGCUACACUAUCGUGGUGCAGAACUGCGGGGAACGCGACGACCUCUUUCGCAACUACCUGAACCCGUGUGCCUACGGAAAGUGUGAAGUGGUAAAACCGUGGGAGGGCAUCAACGCCACGCAACUCAUGUGCCGAUGCCUACCCUACUAUACGGGGCGCUUUUGCAAUGUGGUGGUCGGGCGCCCGUGGACGGGGCUGCUGAUCAGCUACGCGUACAACGUCGUCUGGGUGCUGCUCUUUCUCGGCUUUCUGCUCUACCACAACAUCCCGAAGAAGCGCGUGGCGCUGGAGACGCUGAUGCGUAAGCCGGGCGUCGACGUCGACAAGGUGUUGCAAGCCGACCCGGAACGGAAGAACCCUCACACCCCGCCGCAAACCCCC